GAAGUCCAGCUUCCACCAUGCCGGACAACGCGGAUAGCAAGAGCCUCAAAUACGUGCUCUUUGGAUUUAACUUCAUGUUCUGGCUGGGCGGAUUUGCGAUAUUUGCCUUUGGACUAUGGCUCCGAUUAGACUCUCAACUCUCAAACCGACAGGAAGACUCUAAUCCCAGUUUCUACACGGGAGUGUACUUCCUGAUUGGAGUUGGGGCCCUCUUUAUGCUGGGGGGUUUCCUGGGCUGCUGCAGAGCUGAGCGAAAAUCCCGGUGCAUGCUGAGAUUGUUCUUCGGAUUUCUCCUGGUGAUAUUCGCCAUCGAGAUAGCUGCAGCCUUCUGGGGCUAUACCCAUAAGGAUGAGGUGAUUAAGGAAGUCCAGGAAUUUUACAACAACACUUACCAAAAGCUGAAGAGCAUAGAUGGGCCCCAGCGGGAGACACUGAAAGCCUUCCACGCGGCGUUGAACUGCUGUGGCCUAGCAGAAGGCAAGGAACAGUUUAUCUCGGACAUCUGCCCCCAAAAGCAAGUUCUUGAUACCUUCCAGGUUAAGUCCUGCCCAGAAGCCAUCAGUGAUGUCUUCAACAGCAAGUUCUACAUCAUUGAAGCAGUGGACAUUGGCAUGGCCGUACUGAUGAUCUUCGGUGCAAUUUUCAGCGUGGUCCUGUGCUGCGUCAUCCAGGAGCCGAGAAGUGAUCCAGAGUCAGCCCGACCCAGAGCGGGAGCAUCGGCCCCGAGGACUAAUGGGGCUGUUUGA